CGUUGGUGUUUUUGCAGCGUUUGACUCCGCCAAAAUGGCGAUCAAUAUAAGACCAAAAGAGGAAACUCUCUAUUUGCUGCUGUCUAAGGAAUUAGCAUUUCUCGCGUAGAGAGUUCGAGAAGUUCACUUUUAUCGGGAAUUGAUCGCAACUCACUUAAUUCCGAUCGCUUUCCAGCUAUGCGUGUUGAUAUAAUGAACACUUGCGACUCUGCCUGGUGUGAGUUUCAAAGUUGUAAGAAAGGUGGAGAAGUUGGAAGAGCGUUAAGCUCCCUUUGGCAUCGAGUAUGGAUCAAAACAACAACGAACGGUCUCGUAUUAGUUCACUAGAGCUGGAAAAAAUGGAGCUAAUAGCACGACUGGAAAACCAAGACGAGCUGAUAAAACAGCUUAGAGAGGGCUUAAGGAACCCUAAAGUGAAGGAGAAAUCAGAAAAUACAAAGCUCAAUAAAGAGCGUGAGAUUUUGGAAUUAAAAGGUGUUAUAAACCAGCAUGAAAUAAACAUUAAACAACUUCAGCAGGAGUUGGAGAAUUCCCACCAAUCGCAUGAGCAGCUGCACCAGCACUACGCAUGCGCGAGAGGGGACCUAGACGCUAGGGAUUCAACCAUAGCACGUCUGUACCGCGAAAUCAACAGCUUGCAUGACUCGCUUGAGGUGGCGCAGCGGGAAAAGCUAGCCACUCUUGAGAAGCUCAAGGCGGUGGAAGCGGAGCUCUCUGCUCUAAGCGUGGAGAAAGGUUGGCUUGACCAGCAGCUGGAGCGUUCGCGUGCAGCAAUGGCGGAUUUCCGUGCUAUAAGCUCGCCAUCUCCGUCUUCCAGGUCUCGAGGUGGCCUGGAUGAAAGGAUGGAAUGCGUGAGAAAAGAGCGGGAGAGUUUGCAGGAGCUACUGGAAGAGUCUGCGCACUUUGAAGAGCUUCUAAGGAACCUGGAUACAAGUGGAGGUGUUGCAAAGAGCACAAGGACUCUUGAGACCUCGAGUUUUCGCCAACAAAGCACUUCAGAAUCCUAUCAAGUUAAUAAGACUUUAUUGCUCGAUAUUGGCAGUAGAAUGAGCGAGGUCGAAGAAAGGUUGAAAAAGGCUGUCUUGUCACAGAAGUAUCAGAUUCAGGCUGAACGUGAUCAGCUUAUUCAGGAGUUCACAUUAAUGCAACAGCAGCUGCUUGAACAUCAGCAACACCAGGAACUUCACAAAGCCGAUAUUGCAGCUAAGGAGAAUUUGAUCCAAAGGUUGAAGACCGCAAAGGCGUCACUUGAGAACGAGGUCCAAGCUGUCAAGCGAGAAUUGGCGGGAAGCCAGAGAGAGUGCGAGCGCCACUUGCAGGACAGACUGCAAUUUGAAUACGAUGCAUCUUCUUAUAGAAGUAAAAUUUCUAAGCUGGAAGCAGAUCUGGAAAAUGAGCGAAGGCAGCAAGAGUUCUACAAGAAUAAGCUGAGUGAGUUUGGUUCUCAUAGCGCACAGGAAAAAGAAGAAGUUACAGGACUGAAGGCGCAGCUUCGUGAGCAAGUCCUAAUUUCAGAGUCAAACAGGAAGGAGAUUUCCUCAAAGCAGAAUCUUAUUGUGCAACUUAGAGAGAGACUGAUCGCUACCGAAAACGAGCUUGAUAGUCUUAAGGGAGACAUCACCAGAGUUCAAGGUUCUAGCACCGACAUUGAGCGACAGAGAGACGAAAUGGGUAGAAAACUUGCCUACUCAGAGCGUAACAUCCAAGAAAUGCAAGCGGCAUAUGAAGAUUGUGUAAGAAAGAGGGAAGCACUACAGAGAGAGGUAAACUCGUACCGCGAUAGUUUCAAUCAGCUUGAAGCCACCGAUGAUACGAGCCAGCUGAAAAAGAAGGAACUCGAAAAUGAAAUGUUCGUGUUACGCAGUAAAGUCACUAAGCUAGAAUCUUCAUAUGAUGGAUGCCAGCAAGAGAGGAUGCAGCUCCAGCAGGAGCUGUUCCAAUCAAAUAUGAAACUCGCGCAAUUGAAAAGCGCAUACGAGACGUGUAAACAGCAACGUGUUCAAAUGGAGCAAGACCUCGCUUCAUACCAGAAACAAGUCGGCGAGUUAGAUAUUCGCGUGGUAAAAGCCAAACAAGAAGCUGAAGAAGCCAGGCGUGAGUUAAGAUCAAUGGAGAACCGCGCCAGUCGAGCCGAGCAGCAAAUUCAGCGAAUCGACAAAGAACGAAUGGACCUUAUCAGGAAGCUCGAUGUGACACAAGGCACUCGAAGACGCGCUGAUGGUGAAAAUAGAAGAAUCGAGAAUCAAUUCCAGGAAUUCCAAGAAAAGUAUGAGUCUCUUAACCAGGAAGCAAGGAGAACGGAGCAAGCGUCCGAAUUAUUAAAGAGCGAGAAAGAAGAGCUAGAAGAAGAGUUGAAGAUGUUCAAGCACGAUUUUGAGUUAAUUGGAAACGACUUGAAAAUGUGUAAGAAAGAGAAAGAUCAGCUUCACGUCGAGUUAACGAAUAUCAAGCAGCGGUUAGCGGAAACUGAAAGCGCAUCGUCGAGGCUAAAAGGUGAGAGGGAAAAACUACACAAAGAGCUGACGGUUAUGAAGGAAAACAAUGCACAAUGGAAGGACAUGUGCGAGAGAAUUCAGGAAGACAAGGAAAGACUGCAGAAAGAAAUGAUUGACUUACAAAAGAGUAUGAGUAAGGUCGAGUCAAGUUUUGGCAGUUCCCAGCAAAGGGUACCGAAAAGUGAGGUAGCAAUUCUGAGAUCUCGUGUGAGCGAGCUUGAAGCACAGCUUCAGUCUACAGAAAGGAGAGAACAGGAGCUGGCCCGCCAAGUUCGAGAGAAGCAAGCGUAUAAGCAAGAACAGAGAAAGAACGAGCAAGACAUUGACGAUAAAUAUAGGCAAAUUGACCGUUUGACAAAGGAUUUGAACUCCAAGAUAAACCUUGUGGAUCAACUAAAGCGAGAGAACCACACCCUUAGGGGUGAGUUGGAAAAUUCUAACAGAGAAACCGAUAUAAGAAGUCCCAGAGAGAUGUCAAAGGACCGUGAACUGGAAAUGGCUAAGAUUGAGCUUGAAGAUGUAAGGCAAAGACUACACAACUUGGAGAGCAACCGAGACUCCUGGAGACAGAAAAACAUGCAGUUGCAUAAAGACCUUAUCUCACUCCAAACGAAGAACGAGGAGUUAAUUCGCUCAUACGAGAAAAUGAAGGAGCAGAAGCACAAGCUUGAAAGAGCGUCUUCCGAGCAGAAAGAUUACAUAACAAGGCUAGAGGUCAACGUAGAAGAACAUGUCAACCAGGUUCAUGUGGCAUCCAACGUGGAGAGUACUUCCGUAAUGGUGGUUGAUGGAAUCUCGGAGGAGAUCACCGACGCCAAAAAGAGGCUCUUGGAACUCGAGAGCAUGUACAAGGCAGCGAAAAGUGAGAGCGAGGCUAAUAAGGAGGCUGAUAGGCGAAAAAUAAUAAAACUACAGAGUCAAGUUGAUAAUCAGCAGAAGCAGCUGAAACAGGUGCAGCAAAGGCUUGAUAAUACUUACGAGGCACUUCGACGCACACAAGACGAGAAUAGAAAUCUUACUGAACAGAUAGAGGAAGUGUCGAGGGAGGGGAGCACAAGAAUGAAGGACGCAAACAGUCAAGAGAAUGCCAUCGAGAAACUGCAAAAUGACAACCGGUACUUAGAAAGAGAGAUAGAACAUCUAAAAAAAGAGUUGGAUUCUUCAAAUAGCGUUACAGAAGCGCUGGAAGACCAGAAACAGGAGUUUUCAAACGAGCUCAGGAAUGCAAUGGAAAAAGUGGAAGAAUGGGAGAAUGCUUACGUAGCUUUGAAGAAAGAUCAAGACAGUCUUUUACAGGAAUUGGCAGCAGCACAAGACUCCCUCGCUGCCGUAGAAGGAGAUUUCGCAGAAAACGAACGGCGAUUUGAAAACGAGAUGCAGGCAAGCAAAAUGAGGGUAUCAAAGUUUGAAGCUCAAGCACAUAGUAUAGUGAAGCAGAGGGAUUCAUUACGAGAGCAGUUAGACAGUGUUAAAGAUGAGCUUAGAAAAUCCAAGGAAGAAUAUGCAGUUCUUCAAAAAGAAUUCAUUGAUCAUCAGAAGCGUUGUGACUCUUACAGAAACCAGCUUCUAAGCAAGACCCACGAAAUGGAAAAGAUAGCAUCCGAGUCACACAGUGUCGAGUUAAGGAUAGAGCAAUUGACUAAUGAGCUUGCUGCCUCAAAGCUGCGAGAGGGAGCGCUACAAGAGAGAAAGGACGAUAUAGAACACGACCUAAAAAUUGCAGAACAAAGAGCAUUAGACCUUGACGAAAAUCUCGCGCGAACGAAACGAGAGAAAGACGAGAUACAGAGAACCUUCCAAGGUGUUACUGGCAAGCUGAACGCAGUGCAAGCAGCCUAUGAUAAAGCCCAAGAAAGGAUACGCGACCUUGAAACACAGCUUGGCAGUGCCAAGAGAAGCAUAACGAGCCUUGAAGGUGACGUCAUCAGCCUUAGAAGCAAUGUAGCCAAUCACGAAGCGACGUACGGGUCACAUGGGGGGUAUCUUGACGAGGUGGAGACCCAGCUGGAGGAUACCCAGAAGAGCAUGGUUGAGCUGCAGACCGCGUAUGACAUGAGCGAGCGCGAGAAGGAUGACUUGAAACACCAGUUAUUGCACGCAGAAAGGAAAAUCACCGAGCUGAAGGCUACCUUGGAGAAGAGUGAGGAAGUAAAUUAUGACUUGGAGAGGGAACUGGAAGUGGCUAAGAGACGUGUAAUGGUAUUAGAGGACCAGCUGACGAAAACACAGAAGCAGAGAACGCAAUGCAACGAACAACUUGAUGAGACAAGGGUAAAGCUGCAGAAAACUAAAGCAGAUUUGAUAGCUAUGCAAAAAGAGUUAUCGAACAAUCAAAGUAGCUUGGACAAUAUUACGAAGAAUAAAGAAAACAAGGAUAGCACUUUGGCGGACAUAAAAAGUAAGUAUGCCGCCUUAGAAGCCCGCCUGAGUGAGGUGACCAGCGAGCUUUACAAGCAGCAGACACAAAAUGAGCUUAUGGAAUUGGAGCGGCGAGAGUUCCAGGAAGAACUUUUACAGACCCAACAGAGAGUUCAAGAUCUUGAGGCAUCCCUGAACAUCAGUCAGGAUGAGAAAGACCGCUUAGAGGAAGAAGUGCGAUCGUUUUACAAGCGAAUUUCAGAGCUGCAGACCAGUUAUCAGGCAUGCGAGCACGAGAAACUCGACGCUCAACGCGAAGUUACCCUACUUGAACACAAGGUCACGAAACUAAAGGGACUUCUUGAGCAACUGAAGAAAGAGAAGGCCCUGCAUGAAGAUAAAUCAGGAGAAACAGAGUCUUUGAAGAGGAAGCUUUCUGGGGAGCUUAGAGUAGUGAAGUCUCAGGCUGAAGAAUACCACAAAUCGUACAUGGACGUAAAUCGCAAUUUACAAGAAAGUGAAAGCAAGGUCGAAGAGUACAACACAAGAAUGUCUGCUCUUGCCUCAGAGAAUGAUCACCUGAACUCAGAGCUAGAAAUGGUUAAACAAAGUCAUCAGGAAAUGGAGAAAGAGAAGCGAAAACUUCAAGAAAAGUUAAGGGUUACAACAGAUGAGCUAAUAAGGCUAAAGCCGGUGAGUGAGGCAACACAGAAGAAGAAAGGUCAAGUCGAGACGGAACUUCAAAAUGCCCGAAAACGCCUAGCAACCCUAGAGACGACCGAGAGGAAAUCAGAAGAGGAGUUAGCAAAGGCUAAUCAUGAAAUCCAGGUAUCUAAGGAUGAAAUUUCACGUCUCGAAACGGAGCUCAAUGCAGCAAAAAAGAGAGCGUCAUGUCUGCAGGUAGACUACGAGAAUGUCAGAGAUGAGCUAGCAGAGACAAGAAGAGCGUUAGCAGAAGCUGAAGAGAAAAAUGUCUCCCUGUCAAUCCAAGAGGAACUAGUCACUAGCAGUCAGAUUGGGCAGAAUCAAGAAGUGCUGGAGCUCGAGAACAGAGUAAAGAAUCUGGAUGAAGAUUUUGGCCAGGUGGCUGCCCAAAGAGAUGACCUGGAAGAGCAGCUCAUGUCAGCAAGAAACGAAAUAAGGCAGUUGGAAGGAACUGUCGAUGCAUUGACUGCCAAAAAGACACAAUUCAAAGAGCAGCUAGACGAAGCUAGAGAUAAGAUAUUCGUUCUAAAAGAAGAAAUAAUAAAGGCAGACAGUCAACUUGCUGAGCACAAAGGAAUCAGUGAGUCCUUGAAGAAAACGGUAUCGAAGAAAACCGAGGUCAUUGAGGAUCUAAAUCGUCAAAUUAAGUAUCUUGAAGAUGAGUUGGAGAAAGUAAGAAAAAAGGAAGUGUCCCUCUUGGCAACACUUGACACUCUGCGAGAGGAGAAAAAAGAUCAAGAACAAAUGCUACAGGACAACGGCAUUCGCCUUGCAGAACUAAACACUCAAAUCCAGGAUCUUUUUGAGGAGAACAAAACUCUUGAAGAAAAAGUGUCCAACGAUAGUUACAAGCUCGAAAGUGCUGCGGGAGAAGUGAAAAGCUUGGAACGAGAAAGAUCUGUUUUGAAAAAUAAGCUUGAACAGGUAACACAGAAGUUGUGCAAGGAGUCGGAGGAUAAAGCAAGGGCUCAAAAACAGCUGGGAGAGCUUCAGAGGCAAAUGGAUGCGAAAAUUAGACAAAUAGAUGCAAAAGAGCAGUUCAUAGACGAAUUGAGAUCACAAAACACCGGGCUUGAGGCAGAGCUUUCGAACAUCAAAGAAGAGUUUACGGAAAACAAAACUGGAGUUGAGACGACAGAGAAGAAAGUUGUUAGCCUAGAGAGCGAGAUAAAAGAUUACAAGCAAAGCAUUUAUCGACUUGGUACUGAGGUAGAAAGUCUUGCAAGAGAACGGGAUUCUCUCACAGAAGAGAUAAAGAGCAAGGACUUGCGCCUUGGAGAUAUAGAAAAGAAGUACCUCAAGUCUCAGAACAUCGAGGGAGAACUAAGGGAACGAGUCAAAACAUGUACCAAGAAACUUUAUGAGGUAGAAAGUAAAUACAUGGAAGUCUCUAUACAGUACGAAACUGCGAAGAAAGAGGUCAACCUACAGAAGAUGAAGGUUAAGGACUUGGUUUCAGUUUACGAGAGGUGUGAAAAGGAACGAAAGGAACUCAAAGAGAAGACAGUCGUCACAGCCAGCAAGGUGUCACAGCUGGAGAUGCGGUUAGAUCACGAGACGACAGAGAGAGAGAGUGCAAUAAGCACUUUGAGAACUCUUGGAAGUGCCGAAGAAAGCAAUAGGGAACAGGUGAAGGCUUUAAGGCAAGAGAUAACCGAUCAAAAGCUACAUCUGGACCUAACGAUGAAAGAUCUCGAAGACAAAGAAGAUAGAAUCAAGCAGCUCAAGGCGAGGAAGGAGUUUACAGAAGGGCAAUUGGAAACUCUAAAACAGAGCUUAGUUCUGUCGACACAGGACUAUGAGAGAUUGCAAGAGGAACAGACAAGUAUUCAUAGAGAGAAGCUCAAGCUACACAAGAAAAUAGCAGAGCUUGAAACUAAGAUUGAAAAGGAGAAACUUUGUAAAGAAAGAGCGGUUGAAGAAUGUAAAGCAAGGGAGAUUGAUCUUCAGUCGUUGCAGAAGCAGCUUCACGAUGCCCUUCUUGAUAACGACGGAUUGAAGAGGGAAGUAGAAGAGUAUAAGAACACCGCCUUGGAUUACAAGAAUGACGUCACAAUGCUGCAGCAUAGUCUAACCAACCUUGAAGGAGCUAGAGAUCUGCUUCAACAGACAUUGCAGGAUAAAGAACAAGCCGUUAUCCAGUUACGCACUGCAAAGGAAAUUCUGGAACGUGAUAUGAAGAGCUUGAAAGAUACGUCCAGGAAUAAAGAUAACGAGAUUGAAACGCUUCACGUGAGACGAGAGGAACUGGAGACGGCAUUGAACUCGACCAUGCAAAAGCUUGCGGAAAUAGAGAGCUCCUUUGAUACAAGCAAGGACAAGACCAGGCAGUGGGAAAAAGAGGUCAUGACCCUGAGAAGGCAAUUACGAGUGGCCGAAGAAUCAUUGCGUGAAACACAAGAGCAAGAAGAAGAACACCGCCAAGCGCAAAAUGUCCUGCAAAUUCAAGUGGACAAACUAGAGGCAAGCUAUAAAGCAAUUCAAGAACAGAAGCAUGAGAUACAAGAAGAGCUUCAGACAACUGUUUCAGAAUACGACGCGCUCAAAAGAGAGCAUUCUGACAGCAUAAGAGAGUUAAGCAUCUACAAAUCUGAAGUGACAGAUACGCGAAGUAGAAUAGUCCGGCUAGAGUCUGCAUUAGAGAAAGUCGAAAACGAGAAAAGGAGCAUUGAAGAGGUUUUUCAGCAAACUUCAAAAAAGGUAAAGGAUAAUGACACUGAAUUUGUAGAUGUCCAGAGGCAAUUGAAAGAACAGCAAAUAAAGUACGAUGCUCUCAUGAAGGAACUUAAGAGCAAGGAAGAGACAGUGUGUAGCUCGGAAGAACAAAACAGAAAACUAGGAAGAGAAGUCAAGGAGCUACAAGGACGCGUUGCCGAGCUUAGCUCAUCUUUAACAGCACUUCAGCGAACAAAGGAAUCAAACGAGAAGGAGUUGUUUGACACAUUAAAGCGUGAGUCAGAAUAUCAACUUCGCUUUGAAGUAGCUCAACAAGAGAAUGAUGAUCUCCAAAAGGAACUCUGUAAUCUCGAAAAGAAGACGCAAACACUUGAAACAGAAAUUAAGAAAAAUGGUAGUGAGCUUGCUUCUUUAAGGAUUGAAAACUCAGAAUCGAAGUCAAGAUUCACUCAGAUCAACCACGAGGUCUUGAGCUUACAGAAGGACCUUGCAAACAAGACUGCUCAAAUUACAAAAUUUCAACGUGAUACCUUCGAUAAAGACAAUCGUCUUACUACCUUAGAGAUUGAAAAGAUUGACAUUGAGAAGAAAUUAGAAAGCCUUAAAGAUGAGUAUUCGGGUGAAAAGACGAAGCUUGUUGAAGCAGAAGGGAACCUAGCUAGAGUCCAAAGGGAUCUUGAAGAGAAGGAAAAAAAGUUGAAUGACAUCAAACAAGCAUCGGAUCUUUCUGAAAACGAGGGGAAUCGAUUAAAGGAAGAACUUAAUGCGUUUACAGAGAGGUAUGAUGAGCUGAGAGCCAGUCACAUGAGCACCAAGAAAGAAAACGACAAGCUUCGACAGGAGGUAUCUGUCUUGAAACAAAACUUUGGUCAACUACAAAACGACAAAGAAGAUUUGGAAAUUGAACGGGACAGAGUGAAGAGACAUUUGGCGGAAUUAACAGCAGAGAAAAACACCUUGAAGACACGGCUUGAUGCAAGAGAGCUGGAUAUUGUAAGACUUCAAAGUGAAGUUAAAAGCUCCGUUGAACAACUUCACGAAGUAAGAACGCACGUCGAAGUAAUAAGAACAGAAAACGUGUCUUCGAGUAAAGACAAAAAUUUUAUCGAGAAGAAACUUACAAAUCUACAGACGGCAUAUGAAGAGCUUAGACUGGAGAAGACUUCUAAACAAAAUGAGGUGGACGACUUGAGAGAAAAACUUUCUCAAAUAGAAAAGGAGCAUGUUUUAAGCAAAGACAGCAAUUACAGUCUCCAAGAUGAUCUUGAUACCGCAAACCGAAAAAUGUGUGAGAUGGAGCAAAAUUUUACCUUUCUAAACGACAAGAUCCGUACACAGAAGGAAGAACUUAUUGACUCUCACAAAAAACUUUCUGGCUUGGAGCAAGAGCUCUUUGGUUCACGAAACAAAAUAUUCAGGCUAGAGGGGGCAGCACGAACAAGCGAGGAAAAAGUUAAAAGCAUGUCCGAAGAGUUACAAAAACUUGAGGAAAACGUUUGCUUAUUGACUUCAAGCUUAGCAACAGCCCAGGAGAAACAAGAGAGACAGCAAAAGGAGCUACUAGAUGCCAACAAGAAAUCCAGUGAUCACGAAAUUGCUUUUAAGAAUAUGGAAGCGAGAAAAGAACGGCUUCAACAGGAGGUAAUUUUAGCCAAACAACGAGAGGGUGAACUCCAAAAUAACCUCCAAAAGGCUUUAAAAGAACAGACAAACUUAAAAACACAGCUAAACGAUCUCCAAGAAAGGUAUGAGAAAAGACAAGCAGAGCAAGAAAUGGGGAGCAAGAACACGGUAACGUCAAAACAAGAACUGACCAUCGCCAUGGCGACAGCUGCUGAUAGACAGAAAGUCAUUUAUUCCCUUGAACAAGAGAAGCAAGCCUUAGAACAUGAUCUAAAAGAGACGAGAAAAUCUUUAUCAGGUGUGAGAGAUGAUUUAGAAAGAGUUAAGAGAGAAGCUAGAGAAUCGAAGAGCCAAUUAGAAGAGCUCAGAGGAAGAGUAGAAGACUUAGAGUCAGCUGAGGAGUUCUUCAAGCGUGAGAAUGAACGCCUUGUAAGAGAAAAUACUCAACUUGAGACGAGUUACAAAGAGUCAACUUACAUUUUAGAGACCUUCAAGAGUGAAAAAGAAACAGUGAUACUUGAGUCUGUCCAAGACGCCAGCGAAAUGAUAGAGAUGGAUGAGAUUCAAGUUGAAAAUGAUAAAUUGAAAGACGAACUUGUCUAUGUUAAGCAAGAAAUGGAAUUUAUAACAAGAAAAAUGAGCGGGUUCUCGAAUGAGAGAAAGUCGUACGAGGAGAAGAUUGAGUCAUUAACUGGCGAAAUGAGUGGUUUGAAAGGAAAAAAUGACUGGUUCCAAAGCGAGUCUAUCAAGCUAAACGCAGAGUUAGAAAACACAAAGGAGAAACUUGAUAUAGCAGAGUCAACCAUCAAGAAUAUAAAGCAGGAGAAGAACAGAUUUCAAGAUGAAGUGAACGAUCUUCAUGGAAAGGUUUCCCAGAAGAAUUCCGAGAACGAAUUACUUCAUGCACAGCUUGAUGAUCUUCGUAAACAAAUAACAGGUUACCAGGGUAACAUCAAAUCGCUCGAGGAAAACUCCAACAGACUUCAAGAAAGGAUAAAAGACCUGGAAGACGAGAAUUUGGAGAGCCACAAAAAGGCGUCAAGUCUGGAAUGCGAGUUGAGUACUGCUAAUGAAAAUCUAAAGGAGGCGCAAAACAACUGCAAGGAUGCUGAAAUUGAAGUUUCUAAACUACGCGAAGAGAUUAUUGAAUCUCACAAGACAAUCAAAGAGAUGGAAAUUUGUAUCGAAGAAAAUCAGAACAAGUUUCUGCAACUGGAGCAGAAUCUAGUUGCAGCCAAAGACGUCUUGGAUACAAGUGACUCGAUGAUUGUACGCACUGAAGCUGAGAUUUGCGAGACGGACAGUGGCUCCUACUCGCCACCUCUCGCAUCAAAGCUGUUUAAUCUAGAGUACGAACUCGAGACCGCCAAUAAGGAAAAGGAAAGUCUCGAAGAACACGUCCAAGACCUUGAAAAAAGCAGGAAGAAUGACCUAGAUGAGCUGAACAGAUUGCGCAAGCGAGUCAAAAAAGCCGAAAAGAUGCACAAUGAUUUGAAAAGUGAGGCAUCCAAGUGUUCUGAGAAAUGCGAAGAAUUUAGAAGAAAAAUCGCAUCCUUGGAGCACGAGCUAAGGAUGGUUGUACAAGAGAAAGACGAUAAGGAAAGACUUAGAGGUGAGGCAGCAGGGGAAAGGGACUUUUUAAAACAGGAACUUGCAAAACUUACAAAUGAUUUAGCGGAAAUCCAGAGAGCCCUAAAAUACAGUGAAGAGGAAAAAGAGAAACUUAGGAAUGAUAUGAUUUCCGCACAUAACAUGGUCUGCUUAUUGAAAGAUGACAACCAGCAUGCAGAGGAAAGCAAAGGGCAGCUAAGUAACGAGUUGUUGUCAUUGCAACGAAAACUGGCCGAUGCCGAGAAAAAGUUGCGUGAUAACAGAAACGAUGCCUUGGGUGAUGAAUUGGAAACACUCAAAAGAGAUCUCUCAUCAAGUGAGAAGGAAAACACAGAUUUAAGAUCCACCGUUAGAUCCUUGAAGGCUGAGGUCGAUUCUCUUAAGCAUAGAUUAUCUGAAGUGGAAGAAGAUAACAGAGUGGAGCCAUUGAUUAAUGAGCUCACUGAAAAGGAACAAAGAAUCCAAGAGAUCGAACGGGAGUUGAAAGUAUACGAGACAAAGCAUACAGAGAUCAGAGUAUAUGAAGAAAAGUACGUUGAAAUUGAGAAAAGGUACUACGAGUUGGAAACAAAGUAUUACACUGUUAUUCAAGAAAUGAAGGAUGCAACCGUUGACAAUGAUAUUACCAAAGAUGAGCUGGAAAGAUUGAAGAAAAUCGUCGAAAAUGAUGAAAAGGAGAAAGAGAAUUUGAAGAGAAAGCUCCAGGGGAGUGAUUCUGAUGGCACGAUGGAGAGAAAGCGUUUGCAGAGAGAUAUGUCGGAUGCGAGGGCCGAGAUCAGUCGCUUGGAGAAAGAAGUUAAAAGACUCAAAGACGAUCAAGAACUGGCACGGAAACAACGACAAGAGGUUAUUGAGAAAGGUCGAGAAAUUGAAGACCUUCAAUCAAAGUUUAAAAGAAAGGAAAGAGAAGUAGAAGACUUAAAACACCGGCUUCUUAGGGAAACUGAGCAGGAGAAAAAACUUCAUGAUGGCCUUAAAAAAGAUCUUUAUGAAGCAGAAAAACAGAAAUCAGAUUUGCAGAGAGAAUUAAAUCAGUCGAGAUACGAAAUUGAGAGCUUCAAAUCUAAGGUUGAGCUCAUUGAGAUUGAGAAUCGCAAAUGGGAAGAGGAAAGAAGGAAGCUGAAAGAGGAAGCAAACUACGCAAAUAAAGAGCUUAGAAGCAUCCAAGAAGAGCUUAGGACGCUUAAAAGGGAAAUGAAGAGUCUAAAGGCCGAUGCUUCACGCAAGAACGACAAAACUGCCGAGCUCACUCACGAAAACGAUAAGAUCAGGCAAGAGAAGGAUGACAUAGCUAACGAGCUCAUGAAUCUCAAGGAGAAAUUUGCCAAGGUCGAGGAAGAGUACAGAGUUUUGGUCAAAGACACGGAAUCCAUUAACAGGGACAAACAAACAACAGUUUCUGAAUUGGAUGACUUGAAAGCUAAAAUUCGGUGUUUGGAAAAGGAAUUGUGGGAAUUAGAAGAUGAAAAACGUUCGGUUAUAGAGACUAAGGAAGAUUUAGAGCAAGAGUUGAAGGUUAUGAAAGAGCGCCUUGUUGAUGCAGAGUAUGAGACAAAGAGGAGCGUUACAGAAAGAGAUCGAAUUUCCAGAGAAUCGAAUAAAAAUAGAUCAGAAAUCAUCAAACUAGAGGGAGAUCUUCAACGUGCCCUGGUGCAAGUCGACGAAGCAAACCAGAAUAUUCUAAACAAGGACAGAAGCCUGCGCCGAGUGCAACAGGAGUUGGCGGAGGAAAGGAGCUUGAACGAUGGAAACAAAACUCAACUACACGACCUCGAAACGGAAAUCAGAAAUCUCAAGCUUAAAAUUGACUCCUUGGAGAAAGAGGUGGAGAGUCUUCAAGAGGACUUAGUGUUGAGUCACACGGCCUAUCUAGACGCUAAAAAACAACUAGAAAAGGAUAAUUCGUCAAAACAGACUCAUAAAGAGCCAUCCAAUCAGACUCAUACAAGUCAGCUUGUGGUUCCUAACAUUGGGAAAACUGAGUCUACCCAGUUGGUUAUCCCGGAUGUGGGAAGCGGAGACUCCCGGAUGAUAGCCCCCACGACUGGCAUCAGCGAAUCACGAUCUUCUUCUGUGACAAGCAUUAGAAGGAGGUUCGAAAACAACCAAUUAGAGGAGACGUACAAAAGAACAGAGACAACGUCUUUAGUCAUGGAUGUUCAGGAACGGUCAAGAGAAUCGACAACAUUAGCAAUUGAUGUGAGCCCGCGUGCGCCGAGUGUAACAUCGCCUCGAACCCCAAGAGAGUCCGAUUCUCCCUCGACAAGAACCCCAAGGUCUAUGGGGUACCCAGGGCAUCCCGGACCUCGAGCGUACGGAGUGACGACUCCAAGGGAAUACAACUUCGGGACUGCCCCUCACAGAUCUUCUACCAUUAGUAACUUGAACGGACCGCGCGAGUAUAACUUUGACAAUCCGCCGCACCAGACUACGACUAUUGAAAUUGACGUUGAAGCGGAACGACGCAGCCCUGACCCACAGACGAGUACUUUGGAGAUUAACGUAGAUGCAGUGGAGCAGGGCGUGUCGCCGCGUGCAGUGAGUGCACUACGUGUCCCGAGCAGAAGGACCUACGUACCACUUGAGGUGACAUUUGAAGACAAGGAUAAGGAUGGUGAAUAUGAAGUAACAGAGAUAGAGAGGUUGGCAAGACGGCGAUGGAAGUACUGAAACAAGGAAGAGUGGCAAACGAAGACAAGGUUAAGGAUGGUGAUAAUGAUGUGACAGAGAUAGAGAGGUCGACAAAACGGCAAGCAAGGGCGGCAAUCGAAAUAACGUCUUGAUGUGACAGCUAAUGUUAUGCUAAAGGAUAGAAAUGUAUGAAGGAAGACAAUACAAGUAUUGACCUACAGACGUCUCUAGCCUCUUUAGCUGACAGACCUUUCUAGCUGACAGACCCCUUUAGCUGCUUAAUGCAGCCAGAGUUCUUCGGGUGCCCACGAGAAUGAGUUAGCCCUACUGGCUGUCGCUCCUUGCCCUAGUCGGGAACCAGGGCACGCGUUUGGCCAGUAGAUCACUCCAUUCGGAACAGGUUGUGUCUGACUGUCCAGUUACCAUGGACACCUAGAGGCAAGAGGAGGCGACAUUGUCGAGCUAUGACAAAAGGAAUGGAUCUUCUGACGUAGCCUUGAAGAAGGGCGCCAUGAUAUUUAUUGUGAUUGUGAUGACAACAUAGAAGACUUUAUUAAUUAUGACGGCGACUUUAACAAAUAAUGAUAAUUAUGAUAGAAAUCGUGUGAGUUAAUAAACUGAUAAAUGUAGCUAGAAAAUUUAUGAAAGAGCAUGGAGCAAGUUAUUUUGGCACAGUCCAAGUUUCCUGGAAGAGCUAACCCUGAGAACUUUACGGAUAAAGUUAAUUGCUUUAGCUUGACUGUUUUUAAAUAUUUAUUGGAAAUAUACAUAUCAUUAUGUUAUUACUAUAUGUGAUACGUGAGGAUUUUUAGAAGAUAGCUUUGAAAGCAUGUCAAUGACAUUUUAUACAAUAUGAUGGAUAUGUGAAUCCUAUGUUAUAACGCAUGGCGUUCUAUUAUGUAAGAAAUAUAUAAACUUGGUAUUAUAUAUAUUGGUAACCGCGAUGCGUUUUUAGUUUUAAUUGAAACUAAUUACAAAAGUGUCAAAAUCGCCGUGUAUAAAUAUUAUCUCAGCAUUUUUUUAGUUGCUAGACCUUCUGUUAAAGAACAAAUUAUGAAUAAAUAAAUGAAAAGUUACCAA